UCAAAAAUCUUCACCAGGACUCCAACACUGUAUCUGGACUUCAAGCUGGAUGGAGGAGCCAAGCAUGUACAGCCAGUUCCUUCAGGAUGGACCUCGUUUAUCUACACACUGGCAGGAUCUGUCUGUGUUGGUCCAGAUGCAGAGCAGCGGAAAGUGGAGCCACAUCACACCAUCGUGUUUGAUGAUGGAGACUGCAUAGCCGUAGAAAACAAGACAUCAGAGGUUUGCCAUUUUGUCUUGAUUGCGGGACAGCCGAUCAAUGAACCGGUGGUCCAGCAUGGUCCGUUUGUGAUGAACACGGAAGAGGAGAUCAACCAGGCAGUCCGAGACUACAGGACAGGGACCAAUGGGUUCGAGAGGGCUACGGCUUGGAGGUCUAAGAUCAGGGAUUCCUUCUAGGACUCGGCAGACAUCUUCUAAUCACGUUAUAGGUCUUGUUAUGGUCAUGUGACCCAAGUUUAUUUUAAUAAUGAACCAGCUUGAUGUGUUUGUCUCUUUUUAAAUCAUUAAGUUCUCAUUUUAUACUGAUUUUUUUUUUCCUUCUCAAAUAAUGUUUUGUUACUGUGCCUCCAAGCCAUUAAACUGAAAUGUAAAUGAUGAAAAGGGCACUUUUAAUUUAACCUCAAUAAAACUAUCCUGCCGUGA